CUAAGAAAAUAGUUCUAAUUCCAGAUUAUUAUGAAAUUUAAUGUUCCUAAAUUACGAAAUUUAAUGUUCCUAAAUUAAAUCCUAAUUAUAUUUGUAUCAGGUUACCUGUGACUGCUUAGCCAUUUGGGAUGAGAAAGCUUACCAAAAACCAGAGGAUCAAUCCAUUUCUUCAUUUCGAAGAUGAACCAGACAAAGGAGGAAUUGGAAGUUUAAUUGAUCCAUGUUACAAGUGCAACAGUAAUGAAGAUUUACUUGAUAUGGAAAUGUGUUGGAAAAGCUUUAGUGUCUCUGGUCAUAUGCGCUGCUUGCAAAUUGGGCCUGAAGACGAUGUGCAAACGCUUCAUGUUGAGAUCGUGUCAAAGCUAAGAUGCAUGUUGGAUGCUCACAAUGUCUUAGUCCAGUCCUUUCGGAUUGUUGGGCAAAUGAUAGAUUUAGUCUUAAGUGAAGAUCAAAUAAGGAAUUAUGCCUUGAUCGAGAUAGAGUGCUUAUUGAGAAUGCGAGCUAAAAGCCUUCGAGAUUUCAUUGACAUGCCAUUCCCAAGGUUAGAUGUAGCUUCUACAUCUCGGAACAGACUAAUUCUUGACGAAUUGAAUUAUGAUCACGUUGCCUUAAAAGAAGAACAUCAAAGGAUGAUUGGGGAGUUGAACCACGAACAACGUUCAGCUUAUGAAACAAUAAUGGAAUCCAUUGAUGGGGGUCAUGGGAAGAGAGAGAUGAAAAAUGAAGAACAAGCUCGGUCUCUCUUUGGGAUUUCGCUGACCGAACGGCCCAGAUGGCAGCAAUUCCUUCUUUGCGUUUCUGGGUUUUUCUUUGGCUAUCUUGUUAAUGGAAUCUGUGAGGAAUACGUGUACAAUAGGCUCCAAUUCAGCUAUGGGUGGUACUUCACCUUCGUCCAAGGAUGGGUUUAUAUAUUCCUCAUUUACCUGCAAGGUUUCACCACCAAGCAAAUGGUGAACCCAUGGAAGACUUACUUGACGCUCUCCGCUGUGCUCAUGGGCUCACAUGGACUCACAAAGGGCUCUUUAGCUUUUCUCAACUACCCAGCACAGUUAAUGUUCAAAUCUACUAAGGUUUUGCCAGUGAUGAUAAUGGGGGCAUUCAUUCCUGGAUUGAAGAGGAAAUACCCACCCCAUGAAUAUAUAUCAGCGAUACUCUUGGUUGUGGGCCUCAUUAUCUUCACUUUAGCCGAUGCACAAACUUCCCCGAAUUUCAGCAUUAUCGGUGUUGUGAUGAUAUCUGGGGCAUUGAUCAUGGAUUCUUUUUUGGGGAAUCUGCAAGAGGCUAUCUUUAAGAUGAAUCCUGAAACAACACAGAUGGAGAUGCUUUUCUGCUCAACAAUGGUGGGGUUUCCGUUCUUGAUUCCACCAAUGGUUUUGACCGGUGAACUGUCCAAGGCAUGGACAUCAUGUUCUCAGCACCCCUAUGUCUAUGGCGUGCUUGUCUUUGAGGCAAUGGCUACUUUUGUUGGACAAGUGUCUGUUCUUUCCCUCAUUGCCCUCUUUGGCGCCGCAACAACUGCCAUGGUCACAACGGCAAGAAAGGCGGUCACAUUGCUUCUUUCCUACAUAAUAUUCACGAAACCGCUAACCGAACAACAUGGGACCGGGCUACUGUUGGUCUCUAUGGGGAUUUUAUUGAAGAUGAUGCCCGAUAAUAAGCCCAGAAAACCGGUCCGCCUCAUUGGCUCUGAUGAUGAAUGGGAGAAGAAAUCUCUAACAGAAGGUGAUUUGGUUAAUAGGGAACAAGAUGAUGAAAGGAAACCUUUGGUUUGAAAAUGUUGUUAUUUUUCAUGCUCCUCAAAAUGUUAAUUGUGCCUUAGUGUUUUGGGGCACUUUCCUCUUCCCUUUCUUGUGUUGAUGUUUUUAAGCUGUAAUGGUAACUAAUUAUGUUGGUUAAUUAGUUGAGUUCAAUGUUCAAGUGUAUACAUACAAAUGAAUGUAUUGCUCCGGG